UCCAUUCACACGCUGAUGGCAGAGGAUAACCAUACAAGGUGCCGAGCUGCUGGAGGAUCCUGCUCAAUGCCCAUUCAUGCACACUCACACACACACACACCGAUGGGGCUCAGUAUCUUUCCCAAGGACACUUCAGCCUUCAGUCGCAUUGUGGAGACUCACAUAACUCAACAGUUGUUGGGGCGAAAGGCUGUGUUUUGCCGUGUGUGUGUCGGGGGAGAUUAUUGGUUUAUAGUGCACAACAACUUUUAGUAAGAAGUACCGUUUCUGAUUAGUGGGUAAAAAGGAUCUUUUGAAGAACUCCAGCAUGAUGUUAUGAAGCUGGCGACAAGCGGCCUUUUCAUUCCCACUGGUUCUGUGGAAUGUACUUCCCUGAGAGAAAAACCUUGGUUCACACGUGAAACAGUUGUAACCAGGAAGCAUCUUCUUUUCUUUUGCCCUCACAAUGCUUUGUCUCAGAGCCAGAUAAUCCAGUUCCAGGCGUUCUCUUGAGCUGACAAGCAUCUUGAAGCAGACCCGUAGGAGCACCUGCUACAGACAUGUCGCACAAGGGAAAAACCGGCAUGAGGCAGAUGGUGGUGGUCAUGUCCACCGUGGAGCAGUGGUCCUCCCUGAAGGCUCUGCAGCACGGGCCGGGGGAUGAGCAAGUCAGCUUGACCUUCGGUUCUCUGGGGCCAAACCAAGUCUGUGACGUGACGCUGGACGGUCGCUCGGCCACUUUGCUUUUUGCAGAUUCGAAACAAGACACGACGGAGGUCGGCCUCGGCUGGGCCAUAGAUGCCAGCUUCAAGUCCUGCACAGACGGAGUCACUACAUUUCUGCUGCUGAUCCAGGGCGGCCGUUACACGGCGAGGGAGAGGAGAAUGGUAGAGACACUGCAGGCCCACUUUGGAGCGGAGGCUUUGAAGUACCUGCUGGUCAUCUCUCUGGAAGACGGAAAGGUCGCCGACACACUGGACGACGCCCUCCUGGAGCUGCUGGACACGUGCGAUGGCAGAUACUGCCGCAUCACGUCGUCCGCGGCCAAAGACGGGCUGGGCGCUCUGCUCAAGAUGCUGGACCGCGUGCUGGCCGAGAACGGCGCGGCGGGCUACACGGACGCCAUGCUGACCGAAGCCAGGGGAAGGAGCACGGAGGACUCGGCCAUGCAGAUCCUGAGACAGAAGGUGCGAGAGAUGGAGGAGCAGGGGCGGGCGUUCAAGCAGCUCGUCCAACAGCAGGAGGAGAGAAGAGCCAAGGAGAUGGAGGCGCUGAAGGCCAGACACGCCGAGGAAAGAAAGAAGGAUGCGGCGGGAAUAAAGCAAUACGAGACCAAGAGGGAGAGCCUGGAGGAGGCGGUGACGAGCCACGGGGCCAUGCUGCAGAUCCAGACGAGAGCCACCGACGAUGAUGAUACGAAGAAGAUGUCGGUCAUCUUGUUGGGUCUUUCCGGCAGCGGCAAGUCCUCCGCUCUGAAUCUCAUCCUGAAGAGGGCAGGCAAUCAAUACUCGACGGAGGAGUCCAGCCCCGAACCCCCCCGCCCCACCCUGUUUUGUGAGAGAAAGGAGGCGUUCGCAGCCGGGAGGCGACUCAUCCUGGUGGACACCCCCGAGCUGUGGGACGAGGACGGGGUGGAACAUCUGGAGCUGGUCAAGGACUGCCUGGCCUUGUCCUUGCCCGGACCCCACGCCUUCCUGCUGGUGCUCCAGUUGGAGCGCUUCACCCAGGGCGAGUGCGAGAUGCUCGGGCGCCUGCAGAGGAUCUUCGGGCGGGACUUCGCCGAGCACGCCGUGGUCCUCCUCGUCCGCCGGGACGGCGAGCGGCGCAGGCCUCAGGCCAUCAACGACUACGUGGCCGGAGCCCACGCCGCCCUCCGGGAUCUCAUCCGCAAGUGUGGCAGCCGGUUCUACGAGCUGAACGCUUCGGCUGAGUCCCAGAGUGCUGUGAGCUAUCCCCAGGUGAAGGACCUCCUCUCAGGGGUCAACAAGCUGGUGGCCUCGCACGGAGGACGCGCCUACACGAGCAGGAGGUUCCCUGUGCAGGAGCUGCAGCAGAGGACGAGAAAGGAGGGAGCCUUAGAGGGGAAUUACUUGUUGAGAGAUGCUUGAGGGGCAGGAAGGGGGGCGAGCACAACGAAUGCAACACCGACACAAUGCGAUUAAACUGUAUCAUUUGUUCAAAAGUUCAAAUAUAGGUUCAUUCAACUAACGUGGAAUUAGACCUGCAUGGACUUGGCACUCGAUUGAAUUACAGUGCAGAUUUAGAGCUUUUAUAGAUGAUGUCAUCAUGGUUCGCUUCCUUUUUUUUUUAUUAAAAAAAUAUGUUCAUGGCAUAUUUAUUUAUUCAUUAUUAGCAAACAACAAAUACGCCAAAGGUUUUUGAAAAUGAAGAGUUUGCUUUGUGGGUGUAACAAAUUGGUGGUGGUGUGAAGGAGGAGCCGAAACAUGAAGGAUUGUUUACGUUUAGGGAGGCGGGAGAACUUAUCCAACAAGUUUAUGAGAUCUGCUUGUAGAUAUCUUGAUUUCCUAACAGUUACAUUCUUCACAAUCAUCCAGAUGAACAACUGCAUGAAGACAAGAUUGUUUGUCUGAAAGUUGUUUUAUUAAAUCAUGUGAAGGUGAAACUACAACUGUGCUAUAAUGUUUAUCCUGCACACACCAGUGAUGGUCUCAUGCACAAUACUACAAUGCAACACUGCAUCCAAAAAGUUUUGUUUUGUUUGUUGCAAGUAAAAUAAAUUCCUGAAUAAAAAGAUGUUCAUUUUGUUUUAUUUGCAUUACUACUAUUACUACAUAACAGUUGUAUUCUUUAUUGUGCAGUAAACAACUGAGAACGGACAGCUGAAUGCGAUGCGCCGUGUUUCAUUGAAGGUGAUGGCUACAUGUCCGUGCAGUUGGGGG